GCUUGUGCCUAAUUACCAAUCAGACGUGCGUGGGCGUGUUCGUGCGCGGAGCUUCAGAGGAGCGCGCAGCAUGUCCGACGUGAAGUUUGGAGUUCUUUAUGCGGUCAUGGAGCCAAGCAGCUCGGGCUUCCAUCUGUGGAAGGACUACAUGGGCCUGUCGGACACAGUGAAGGAGAUCCUGGGGCGCAACCCCCCAACCGAGCCACACCCGUCGGAGUACGCGCGUCAUCGCUCGAGGACUUAUGAUCUGAACAGAGACAUGCGCCGCGAUUCUGCGCUCCAGAGCGCCCCAGCGGGCGCAGACAGCGCAUCGGGCUUCCCUCGUGCCCCCCUGCUCCGGAUCCCCAGGACCCCCCAGCUCCCAGGUAACCAAGUUGCGGAAUCGCCAAACAAAUCCAGAUCCAGAGACCCAAAGGACCCCGGGAGGAGUCGUCUGGAGCAACCGGCCACCGCUCCUUCCCCUGAUGGACCCAUGGUCUGCAGCUUCUGCAGACACAACGGGGAGUCCGAAAAGGUUUACCGCUCUCACUGGCUGAAGAACCAGGAAGGAGACGUUUUAUGCCCCUACCUGCGGCAGUACGUGUGUCCGCUGUGCGGGGCCACGGGGGCCAAAGCGCACACCAAGCGCUUUUGUCCAAAGGUGGACAGGGCGUACUCCUCCGUGUAUGUGAAGUCGAGGCGCUGAGAGUACCCCUCCCAGACUGAACUGAAUCUAUUGUAAAUAUGUGUGUGGUUUGUUUUGAGUUUAUUUUAACAUAGCCUACUUUGCAUGGUGUGCUUAUAAAGAUGAAGAAGAACCAAACAAUUUUGCUUGCGAAACCAGGUUGUUUUUGGUUGCAAAAUAAAUGUUUGCAUUUGCGA